AUGUCGGCAGAUGGAGGAAGUCAUUCUCGAACAAAACUCGCCGAGCUCAAGUCUUCAACAAUGUUUGCUGCUGUGUUACUAUCGGCUACCUUUCUCUUCUGGACUGGUGAAGCCGCCGAGUGUACCGACGCCCAAACGGCUUCCGCCUCCUCCGUCUGGGCACAAGCUGCUGCCAAUCCAGCAUGCGCACCGUACGUGACACAGACCGAUCCAGUCUUCGUGAAUGCGCCAUGUGCAGCCACCGACUGCGUUGAUGUCGUGGAGGACGUGGCCACGGAUCUCCCAGACUGCACGUUCAGUGGCAUCAACAUCAAAAUAGAAGUACAGAACGCACUCACGAUUUGCAACGGAGGCGACAUUAGGGACUCAGGAUCUCUGACGGAAGCUAAUGCUACUGCUACCACAGCACCACCAUCGAGUUUGGCUGGUUCGUCAUCGGCACUAACACCGGAAGCAACGACCAUUGCAAUGGAUUCGUACUGCAAUAACGGAGAGAUUAUUAGUCUGUGGAACGAGUACGUCAAGACUGCGACAAGUGAAGAAUGUGCUUCCGACUCGGUUGUCAAUGGCGGUAACAUCGACAUUAUCGCACAGUGCGAUUCGAACUGCACAGAUAAUAUCAGAAACCUGGCGGAGGAGCUACCAAAUUGCUUCUACGACUUCGAGUACAUUAACAAAAAGCAAUACGUCCUGAAUCAGCUAGAAGGAUGCGAUGGGAGUGCCACCAUGAUCACUAUAUCACUACUACCUGACAAUGCUGUUGAUUACUCGGAGUCUAUUGGAUCUGGCAGAACCGCUACACUUUUACCUUCCUCCGGAUCGAGUGCGAUCAUGGUAGGUGACAGCGCUUCUGGAUCAAAACAAUUAAACUCGGGAAACAAUCCAUCGGACAACACAAUGGACGCAUCAAGCGGUGAAAGCGGUAGUAGUGCUACUCCACCACACGGCGGAAAGAUCUUACCGUGGGCUUCACUAGCGGUUGGAAUCGUUGUGGCAUUCCUAAACUAA